CUAUGAUAAUAAAAUCCAUUUUAUUAUUACAAAAAAUGACAUCUGGAGAAUAUAUAUUCAAUCGUCGUCGUCGGCAUCAUCUCCUUGUUGACCCAGCACAGGAAUAUUUUUAUAAAAAUCAUGUAAUGCUUCUGGUAUCCAUUGCAGAAACAUGAGAAGAUGAUCGUGCUUUUUCUUGCUAAGUCCUUUUGGGGUUUGACGCAGAGAACAUAGUUCUAGUGGAUCUAUUCAUCUUCACCAUCUGGUAGUCCUCUUGGAAUAUGUCUGUAUAAGUGUAUGGAUAU